GGAAAAACUUGUGAACGCUUUUUCUGUUUUUCUUUUGGUGUGUGUGUGAGCCUUUGCUUGUUUUGUUUUUUCAUGAGUGUUCAAUGUUUCCGGGGACUAACUUGAAUACUUUUAUCGCCACUUUUUGCCUCCAUUUCAGUGCCUUGAGGUGUGAGUUUUGCCACAAGUUCGUCCCACUCACUUGAUUACUUCAUUGCUCACGUGUUUGUUACCUGGACUGUAUCCCUGCGUGUCGUGUGUUGCUAGAGGAACAUACGUAUAGGCCAUUUGUUACCCCAGAUAUUUUAGUUCCAGAGAGUGUUUAUCGUUGAGACGUUUGUUCUUGCUGGUUGUGCUGUUUCCAGUGUGCUUUGGUGAUUUGGUGCUAGUCGUUUUCAACAAGUAACGAUGGACGAUAUCCCGCUCAGGAUUAGAACUACAGAGACAUUUGUGGAUGCUCCGCAGCCACAACAACCACAGCAUCAAGAGCAGCAGCAUCAAGAGCAGCAGCAGCAUUCCCGGCCUGCCUCGCCCAUGGCUCCACCAGCCUGUCCCAAACUGGACCAAGUGGACAUCUCAGAGGCUCUGAACAACAAUGACAACAAGACUCUGGAUGUGAAUGCGCUCGAGCCGUUGACUGCGCUUGCGCUGCUGGACUCGCUCAUCAAGAGGCUCAUGGACUUGAAAGAUGAAACAGAACUGGUGAUUGAAAGCAACUGUUCCGAAGCUAGCCAAGAUGAGGAAGAAGAAGAGAACCCACUGUCACCGAAGAAACGCCGGUGGUCUGAUGAAGGUAGUGAAACGUUGGUUAUAGGUGAACACGAAGCUGUGUUGAGUGAGGAACCAUCGCCAUCUUCAGAACUUGGCCAACGACAACGGCUGGCGAAGAGGUUUGACCUUAAAUUUGAUCCUAACAUUUCAGCAACCUCCUACUUGGAAAGGAUCCACCAAUACUGCCAGUUCUCAACGGCAACAUAUCUGGCCACGGCCUAUUACAUCCAUAGAGUAGCUGUCGAGUUGAAACUCGUCAAGUUGACUAACCUAAAUGUCCACAGGUUGAUCAUCGCUGCUAUACGGAUCAGUUGCAAAACUUUGGAGGACAUAAACCAUAGACAGCUGUUCAUUGCAAAGAUGGGAGGCGUCAAUGCUAAGGACCUGCUUUCUCUGGAAAUCACUCUACUGUUUCUCAUAAAAUUCGAAUGCCAAGUCAAUGAAUCAACCUUGGCCCAGACCAUCACAAAUGUUAAACGGUUAUUGAACCCUUGAUGAUUCUUGUUUUAUGCCCGUGUCGGUUAUCACACCGCCUUUAUUUAUGUCAUGUGUUAUGUGUGUGUUGUUUUCUAAUUAAUUCAGAUACUUUGCUUAAUGAUUAAUGAUAUAUUCUUCUGUGUGUUUACUCCUCCAAUGUCCAUGAUGCCGUUCUCUUGUGUAAAAGCAAUGGUGA